UUACAUAUAUUCAUAAAAUAUUUUAUUUGUUUUAUUAUAUUCUGUGAUUCAUAUUACAUAGUAGAUUAAAUAAAUACCAAAUGACGAUGGUAACAAAAAAAAAUCGUACGAACGACGAGAACUGAGAUGAUACAAGAGUAUUAACUCGAAGACUCCAGCUCGGUUCUUGUUAUGUGUUAGUUAACUGUUGUUAAUUUAACUAAAUUAAUUAGACAAAUUCGCCAUAUUAUAUGUGUGUGAACGAACCGUCGUAACAGCUAGUCAUCCUAACGAAAUGGAUUUCGAAAGAGAGUUUUUGAAGACCUUUAACAUUUUGAAAUGGGACGAGUUUACUGUGCUGAAUAACGACCGUAUAUCGAUCAACGAGAAAAUCGCCAACAAAGUGGUCACCAAACACGAAUUGCUGUCGCAGUUUAAAGCAGAGUUGAGUUUGCUUAAUAAUUGUAAACACAAAAUCGAAGAGUUGGAUUUAGAUCUUGUCGACACUGGUGUAUUAAUCCUCUUAAGCAAGCGCGUUAUUGAUUUGUUUGAUCAUAUGCAUGUAUUGUUUACAAUUGAUGAGAAGCUGUUAUCUUGUUAUAUCGACUUUUGUCAAGACAAUGUAGAGUUCAUACACGUAGAUCAGCUAGAUAUUUUAUUAGAUGCUGUUUUAUGUACUGAAAAUAAUAAAAAAAUUUGGAUACAAUUAUUAAAGCUUCAUUUGGAAUUAAAUAAUUUUGAUAAGCUGAUGAAUGUUUUCCAAGAAGGUGUUCGUUCAUUAAAAAAAAAUUCACUACCUUUAUGGAAGAUAAUGAUAAGAUAUAUGCGAAAAAAGCGACCUGAUGUGCUUCAAACAUUACUUGAAGAAGGCUCAAAUAUAUCCUAUGAAGAUAUUUCUUUGGAAAUCAGACCUAAAUAUUUAAAAUGGUGUAUAGAGUUUAAGGACAUAGAUGCUACUCGUAAUCUAUUCAAUGAACUAAAAGAGUUAAAGCCACCAUGUUGUAAAUUGUAUUUAGUAAUGAUAUCUAUUGAAUCGGAGAUAUUAGAUUUUGAAUUAAAUACUGUAAGAAAAUUGUAUGAUGAAGCUUGCAUUUUAUUUGGCAGAGAUAACAUUGGAGUGUGGCUUGAUUAUAUUCGUUUUGAACUGACUGAGGGCUCCUUAAAAUUAAUGGACAGUAUUUAUUCUAAAGGAUUAUGGAAACUGGAACCAAAUUUAAGGAAUGCUUACAUGGAUGAAUAUAAUAAUAUUAAAAAUGAAUUUAUGAAACAAUUAGGUAGUGAAAUUAUAGUCAUUGAUGAUGAUUAAAGUAUGUAUAUAUAUAUAUUAUAUAAACAUAAAAAUGGCGAAUUUAUUUAGAGAUCUCCUUGUUUAAUUGAUACUGUAAGUGGGUCACUUAAUAAUAUUAAUAUGUUUGUAUAGAGUUAUGUUUUGUUGGAUUAUUUAAAGCAAGUAGUGUAAUAUAGGGAAACUUCUGUUAAUGGUUUACUUCUAGAUCUCUAAAUAAAGUAACAUCUGUAAAGUUGCAAUUUUUUUUUGGUUCCUAUAGUGAUCAUAGAAAGAAGUCAUAGAAGUCUUACUGUAGCAUUUAGAUGUCACAGUCAAUGACAAAAUUGUAAAUUUAUUUAUUGAAAGUUAAUGGUAUUUGAUUUUUAUUUAUAUGUCUAUUAUUUAACAAUUGUAACUUAUUU